UAGAUAUGGAAGGUGACGGAAUGGAGGUAGAUCCCCACAUACAACCACAAGGUGAUCCUAUUCACCAGUCAGAACCUCUGCCAGGAUAUUCACAAAUCCGUAAUGAGGCUGGAGGAUACGUAUUCGAAGUUUCGGAUAUCGAUAAACUCAAAAGAUUUCUGUGUCUUGGGACUGAACUUGGGUAUUACCAAGCAAAUUCGCCUCACCGAAAUUUUUCUAGAAAAGAAGUUCAAGCAAUAGACAGAUUGAUCCAGCAAGGACGCGGUAAUGAAGUCGUUAAAUGUAUUAAGGACGUCAGUGUUCUAAAUAGAGCAUGUAAACAGAACCCAACAUUGUAUGCAUUAGCAGUUUGUGCCAGAUCAAACGACCUUAGUACAAAGCACGCUGCCUACAGUGUACUCAAUGGUGUGUGUCGUGUACCUACUCAUUUGUUUCAGUUCAUAAAAUAUUGUGAAGAAAUGAGCGAACAUGAGACUGGUUGGGGAAGAGCACAUCGUAUAGCCAUUAGCCAAUGGUAUAAACAAUUCGUUGAAGUAGGUCCAAAUGCUCGUAAAACCCCAUUGAAACUUGCUUAUCUUGUUACCAAGUUCCGGUGUCGAUGUAAAUUGCGCCACAAAGAUGUCAUACGACUAGCUCAUGUCCGGUCGAGAAAUAAAGCGAUAAGGAUAACUUUGCAAUACGCCCUUGGCAAGACAAUGGAAGUUGAUGAUUCUACGGAAUCUAUUGAGGUAAAGAAUUUUCUCGCGGCAGUUCAAGAAGCAAAACGUUGCAUCCCAGUGAACGAUGAAGAAAAAAUAUGUGAAUUAAUCGGUAUUCAUCAGCUGAGCUGGGAGCAUGUUCCAAACCGGUUUCUCAAACAUAGUGUUAAAGUUUGGGACUCUCUUUGUCGGUUGAUGCCAAUGACAGCUAUGAUUAGAAAUCUUGGGAAAAUGACGAGUUUAGGCAUGCACGCAGAUAGACCAGGAAACGAAUUUUGGGUGAAUCAUGUAGUAGAGAAACUUGAUGACGAUAUACAGUUAGCACGUGCUCGUAUCCAUCCGUUGACACUACUGAUUGCAAUGAAACAUUACGAACAGGGGGCUAAUAGAAAUAAAAAAAUAUUAUGGACUCCUAAUCCUAGAAUCAUAGAUGCACUAAACAACGCUUUCAUCAGGAGUACAAAAAUAAUGCAACCGCAAGGAAGGAAGUAUUUGAUGGCUAUAUCUGUUGGGGAGGAUAUGCGAAAACGUAUUUGUGGAUCUACGAUAACAGCUGGGGAAGCAGCAGCAGCAAUGGUGUAUUCAACCAUUCAAACAGAAGAUGUGGAAGUGAUUCUGUUCACAAACAGAAUUGAUGACGCUUCUACUGCAACUAUUAAAAGGGAAGACAAUCUUCAAAAUAUAAAAGAGAAAAUAUUUCAAAUACCAAUAGAAACAAGAUCUGAUUACAUCAAGCAAGACUUAUCAGUCCCCUUUAUAUGGGCGGCAUCAAGGAAAAAGAAAUUCGAUGCCAUUAUGGUUUUCACAGAUUCAAUGACAAGUUGUGGAUUUAUCCAUCCGACAGAAGCUUUAAAGCAAUACGUACAGUACAUGACAAUUCCUGACUACCGAUUUGUUGUUGUGACUAUGACCAGCAAUAAAUACUCGGUUGCUGCUCCUGACAGUGUGCACAACCUGGACGUUGUUGGAUUUGAUACAAUGACACCAGGCCUUAUCAUGGAAUUCGUAGAAAAUUCUGGACAAAGUCACAUUGUGAACGAUGACAUUAUUUUGCAUGCUGAUGAGGACAGAUUUUAAGUUCAUAUCAAACCCCUUUUUGUCCAAUAUGGAAGCAUUUACAAUUUGAAAAUUUUUCUGUGAACAAACAAUCCAGUGCUAUAGUGAACGUUUUAAUGUACAAAUGUAAGACCAUGAUGACCGCAAUAUAUUCUAAGUUGAAAUUGAUAUUAAUGACAUAAAACUAAAGUUAAAAAAUAGAAAUUAAUUUACAGAAAGCUAUAUGAAAAUUGUUUUAUGAAUUAAGCAAAUCCAUUAAAAAACUUAGCUAAUUUUGUCAAUCUAUAAAUAAAUAAAUCAAAUUACUGAA